AUCUACAUCCUUCCUCAUAGUCGUUUCAUAUCUCUCUGGAUUAUCUCAAAAUCGCUAUUAAAAUCCACCCAGAGGACAAUUAAAAACUAAGAGGCCAACUUCGACCCAGCCUUUCUGAUUCCUGUACGCCUGAAACAUGUCUGGGAACUCCACCAACUCAUGCAUUGAUGCACUCGAUCCUUCCAACCGGUUCCUGGUCUCGUCUGUCGUGUAUGGACUGGUUCUGGCAGUGGGUCUUCCCCUCAACGCGGUGUCCCUGUGGAUCCUCCUGCGCAGUCACGGGCUCCGGUCACCAUGCGCCGUGCUCAUGGUGAACCUCGCCGUGUCCGACCUGCUCCUCGUGCUCUCCCUGCCGCUGCGCGUCUACUUUUACGCAACGCUCCAGUGGCCUUUUGGAGUGGGCACGUGCACCGCUGCCAUCCUACUGUUUCGCGUCAACAUCAGGACGAGCUGUAUCUUCAUCACUUUAAUAAGCGUGGACCGGCUGCUCGCCCUGGUCUUCCCUCUGCGCUCCCGGUCUCUGCGAACCACCGCGUGCGCCUGCAAGUGCUGCGUGGCUGUGUGGAUCCUCAUCACCAUCCUUUGCAUCCCGGAGAUUUUACAUCUUCGCAGCAAACUGAAAAAGUGCCCCAACUACACACCGUGCUUCGAGUUUCAAGUGCUCGCCAAGGGUUCGCCAACCUCCGCGAUUGCACAGGCGACAUUUAUAUUAAUUCUGCUGGUGGUCAAUAUCGUCUCCACAGUCGUGGUCAUAGUCGCACUGAGUAAGCGUCCCAGCACUGGCGCCGCCAAGAUCAACAACAAAAUGAACGUGAUACUGAUUUUUGCAGUCAAUAUGUUGGUGUUUAUUAUAUUUUUCCUGCCGUUUACUAUAAUACUCUUAAUAAAAACGCAGGACAAAGAAGGACAGAUUUUACGAGGGCUCAUCUGCCUGGCGAGUGUCAACUGCUGUCUGGAUCCGCUCAUCUACUAUUUCUCCCUGGACUCCUUCUGGCAGGACAAGGGGAAAAGACAAACGGAUGUGGGAACGUAUUCUCUCAGCAGGACGAUGGAAAGGUCUUAAA